GGAGGGAGGUUCACUCACAUCAGCAUCCACUGCUGAUGUCACACUCUAGUCAUGUCGACCCUUCCUCAGCACAAUCAGCACCACCACUGCUUUUGCCACGAUACAUAACUGUCGAUGGAGGUAUUUGGCACAGCAGAGCUUGGGCUGUUGGGAGGUGGCGAAGGGCUACGAGAUGACAUAGACAUGUCAGCGAUCAGCUGGUCAUCUGAUCAUCUCCAAGAUGAAAUAUACCCAGCAUCAGGAUUGGCAGUAGCUGCAGCUUAUCAUGACAUUAAGACUCGUCUUGCCAGUUUGGAAAGGGAGAACAGCAGCAUCAAGAGAAAACUCAAACACUACGAGGUCAAGUUUCCGAUGAUCAAUACCUUUGGAGAGGAGCGUGUGUACUUUUCCUGUCAGCCCGUUAUUAAAGAUAACAAUAUCAUCCAAUCAGAGACAUCCAACCUACAACACAGGAUCAACUCUCUUACCCAGGAGCUCCAGAAGAGCAAGGAAAGAGAGGAACAAUUAGAGGACGUCAUACAAGCCUACGAGAAGAUUCACCUCGAGAAAAGCAAUGUCCAGAGAGAUCUUGACAAGAUGACCACUCUAGCAGAGCAGCAUAUGGAACGAAUCUGCAAUCUGGAGGCAGCUCUGAGACAAAGAGAAACUUCCCUUCAAAAACUCAAAACUCAACUCCAUAACAAAGAUCAGGGUCAACCACAUGCAAGCCUGGUUGUACCUAGAGAGGGCCGCUUGCCAAUGCUGCAGAGCUCCCGCAGUCUGGAUGCUCUCUCAGACCUAAAGUUGCAGCGUCUAGAGGCUGAAUUGGAGGGAGCACUGCAUCAGGCUGAAGGAGCAUGUCUGAGAGAGAAGGAACUGCGAGCUGAGCUUCAGAGACUACAGAAAGAAGUAGCACAGCUACAAGAGAGGAACAAGGAGGAGUUGGCCCCACACUGUGAGCACUGUGAUGUAGAAUGGAUCAAGAAAGCUGGGGAUGAACAAGUUAACCUUGCAUUGGCUUACACUGAGCUCACAGAGGAGUUGGGUCAAGUACAAAAAUUGACAGCGAAACAAAGUGACCUGCUGCGUCAAAUCCCACAGGAACCUGUUUGUCGUCCUCCCUCUGCUCCUCAGCGUUUCUCUCCCACGUCGCCCCAAGGUACUUCCCUCACCCCUGAAAGGCUGCUGCCUUCUUCCCCACCUCCUCUGCACAAUGGUCCUGCCUCUUACUCCCAUCAGCCAAGCAGCAGUAAUCUUCGAGCAAAAUUCCAGGGUCGCCGUAGUUACUCUGAGGUUUCUGACCCAUCAGCCAUACAGAGACACCCACCUCGCCUCAUGAGAGACCCAGUAUCUACUCUGCCUAAACCCAGGUCUCUCUAUGGGGAGACACUUAUUUAUGGACAAUCCAAAUCCCAUCUUCAAACUCCUUUGGUGGGCCUGGUCAGACCUGCAUCAGCUCAUGGAGCUGGUGGGGAUCGAAGAGUGAGAUUAGAGAGAAAUGGGGGCAGCAGUCUGAGCAGCAGUCCUCAUCAUGGUGCGCUGGAUCUGGGCUUCCCUCUGACGAAUGAGGUACAUCAUUUCUGUCAUCUGGAUGAUGGACCAGAGCCGACCCCACUGGUGACACCCCCACACUCAUCAGAUGAUGAAGAGGAUGUAGGCACCUACAUCUCAGCGGCUUCCAGUCCCCCUCGAACACUUGGAUCCUUAUCACUUGGGGAAAAAAUACUCCACCCCUCGUUCUUGUCUUCCCGGAAAUCUGGCCAAAGUCCAUCUUUCUCAGCCCCUGAAGGCCCCACCACAUUCUCCUGCCAUCUGCCUGCCUACAUGGACUCUGAGCAUGCUCAGUCCUGGCCCUCCAUUAAUUUAUGGAUGGAGUCAGACGAGAGUGCCGUGCGAAGCUGUCCUCUGUGUCAGCUGACCUUCCCAAUUGGUUACCCGGAUGACGCCCUCAUUAGACACAUCGACUCGCAUUUGGAGAACAGCAAGAUCUGACUCGCCCAAUGAACGCCAUUAGACUUUUUUUUGUCACUUUGAUAAGUUCACAGAUUUAACAGCAAUAGUGCAUAGUAUUUGUUGCGUUUACAUUCUUUAACCAGGGCUUCUUUUUAUCCAAACUCUAAAAUUAAACCAGCAGCAUUUUUACAGCAAAUUCUUUAUAGGUUUUUAUGUUCUGGUUGUACAUCUUUUUUUCUCUCCUCUGUUUUGUACACUAAGGUCAUGCACGCAUUGUGACCUACUAUAAUCCAUCCUGAAAAAGGACUGGAUGUUAUUUAUUAAGUUGCAUUUUUUUCUUUCCUUUAUGAGUUAACAGAUUUAGAAAAGAUGCAAUUGAUUGAUAAUUUAAAAGCCAAGCUCUUGGAAGAAAGAGUGUGUUUCUGUCUCUAUAAUCAAAUUUAUAUGGGCUAAAAAAAAAAGUGUGAAUUCUUGAAGCAAUGAAAAUUUAACUAAUAAAUGGGUCUGGGCAAUCUUAACAAGUACAUGGGACCAGUAUCCAAAUAGCACCGAAGCGAACCAGCUAUAAAUACAAAUACAAUAUGUGCAACGCUUCUUCAGCAAUAUGUUUGAAAUGGGGGAGAAAAAAAUAAAUAAAGACAAUAGCAAAAAAUGUUCUUGUAACUUCCACUUCUUGGUGUUGUUCAUUAAAGUGCCUUGGUUUAAAUUAAAUUCACCCUUAGUUGGCAGAAGUAGGCCAUUACACAGUGAUAUUUGUGGCUACCAAACAUAAGAUAUUGCAUUCAGAACAAUUGUAUAUUUGCAAAAAAUAAUUGCGUUUGAACAUGACCAACUUGUCUUUGUGCUGUGUUCACUUGUUGACAAUAACACAAACCAUUGCCUUCAUGUCUCUAGAUUAGGAUUUAAUAAAUUGUCGAGAAACAUGGUGAAUAGUACUCAAAUAGAGAAACCAA